AGCCGUGUAUCGCGUCGCGGUAAUGUCGUGUUGUAGUUGCGUGUUUCGCGUAUCUCGUUUCGAGCACUGAUGACGCUUUGCUUACCGUGAUUAUGAGCGACGUGAAUUCAGUGAAAUCAAGUUCGACAUAUUGUUCCCGAUAUGUUUUGAAAGCAGUGAGAAGGAGCAGCGCGCGAUAGAAAUAACACGCAGGUUUUAUUGUGAACGCUGGACCGCGUGCUUUCCGGCCGUGUCGGUCUUUCCUCUUUCGGAGUUUUCAAGGUUACGGUUUCAAUACCGGCACAAACGAUCUCGGAGACUGCCGUUUUUGUCUGCGGUUUCGGUCGUCCUCUCUCUGUCACUCACGUGUCCCUGUCGCCCAUUCUGAAAAGAAAAAAAAACUGGAAUACACUAACUCCUGUAAUUUUAACGUUCGUCGAUUUCUAUUUCACCCGCGUAACUUGAUAUUUCCAUGAAUUUGUAUCGUUUUUUCCCACCUGUACAUACGUGAUGUGUUUCUUGUUUACUGCUCCAUUCAACUAGUUCUUCGUUGAAUUUCAUCGGAAACAGUGAAGUUUUACUUGUAAGCAAACGAAAGUAUUUCUAACAGGAAAUCGAAGAGAGGUCACGUUAACGAUAUAACAUUACUGGAGCGAAAUUGUUGGUAGUUUCGUGAGAAGAGACUUCAAGGUCAGGAAGGAGUAACUACAAGAAAGACGUGUCGGUAUCAUAACAGUGUUGGAAGAAAAGAAUUCUUACGAUUCGACUGAAUGUAGAUUAGUGUAUGUUCUGUGAUUAAAGCCAUAUUGUUUAUUUGACGUCUUCCAUCCUUCUGUGAAAGGUACGCCAGUAUACAUUGAAAACGUGCAAGUUUGUAUUAUCCUUCGAACAAAAGUGCUACGAAAAUCCCUAGCAUUCGAAGUACGUAUAAAGUAAUAGUGGUAAAUAUCUGAUAAAUAAAAGAUUUCUUAUUGCGCGUGCUACAUUAUAUAGGCUAUAAACAAAGCCAAUACCUAGCAGGUCGUGCGUAAUAACAUUCGUCGGUUGUAAUUUGAUGUUCCGAAUUGAGACACGUGCGUUUGAAUCGAUCGCGUUUAAAAGGAUUAAUACCUUGAAUCGGUUGAAUUUCUCUGUUAUUCUCUCUUACCGACCGAGAAGCGUGCUUCGUGAAAUUGAACGAGGCAGGGACACGGAGUACAAUUACCCGCGUUUUUCUUUUGAUUCUUAACUGUGCACCGGGAGAGAGAGAGAGAGAGAGAGAGAGAGAGAGAGAGAGAGAGAGAGAGAUAAAGAGAAAAAGACUCGUAGCAAAGCAGAGGCUCGCUUAGAAGCGUUCGAAACGAGAGAGAGAUCGUAUCGGCGCGUCGAACCAGUUCGAUCGUCCGCGCCUCGUAAUGAGCCGGGGCACCGCACGUUGAAGAUCGAACGUGACCAGUGCAGUAACCCUCCUCCCCCUCGCGCGCGUAGUCGAUCGGUAUUCUCGAAGGAGCCGUUAAUCGAGGGUACCGCCCAUUACAAGAAAAAGCAAUCGGACCCGGGAUCGGUUUCAGGCCGAUUCGAUAGCGAAUAUCAUACGUGACUUCGUUCUUUCCCUGAAGACGUCGUCGUCGAUCCGCAUUCUUUCGAAGAUGUCGCGGCGCGUAGUUUCGAGACAGAGCGCAUAGGCUAGGAGGAGACAAGGACAGAACGGGACGAGAUCUCGGAAAGGAAGUCGAAGGGAGAGACACGUGUACACGAGAAGAGAGAGAGCGGCGGGGGCGUGAUAAAGCCCUCGCACUCCUCGUCAACGACAGACAUGACGAUGGCUAGCAACAUUGUGGUUGAGUGGCUGCGCUCGCUUCACUUAGGCCAAUAUUCCGAGUCGUUCAUCGACAAUGGCUAUGACGACCUUGAGAUUUGCAAGCAAAUCGGUGAUCCUGAUCUGGAUGCGAUUGGAGUGUUCAAUCAAACGCAUAGAGCUAGAUUACUUCAAUCGGUGAAGACACUGAGAGAAGAGGGUGCUGCGAGCGUUUACUUCACCUUGGAAGAAAGCAACGAUUGUUUGUGCGACAAUGUCAGCUCGAAAUCUUCUAGAACGUCUUCUGAGAGACCGCUCAGCGAUAAAGAAGCGCAGAGGGCUUCGCCAACUGCCAGCUCUUCGAGCGGUGGUCAGGAAUUAACCAAGUUCGCGGACGAGUACGAGGAGGGAAAGGCGGAGCUCGUCAGAAUCCCAAGGAUGCAGCUACGGGUGCUGCUGCAGGAGAAGCUGAGGCACGACGGCAUCAGGCUGGCUUGUCAACCUUACACAACACCGGAAGGUGAGAGGGGAUACUUAGAGGGACUGGCUUCAAGGUAUGCAGACCUCUUCAGAACGCAUUACGGAGACGUCCUGGAACCGCUUGAGGAGCUACGCCGCCGUGAAACAAAUGCUUCUCCCAGAAUGCCCAACACUCAACUCACUACCAGUCAUUCACAGCCCAUUUACGUGCCCGGAAAAUACUCGCCCUCGAGCUGUCUGAGCGAUAAGGAAGAGGACGAAAUCUAUGGCUUUGGAUACGGAGUAUUCAGCAGGCAGAUGCUUCAACAACGACAACAGAAACUUGCUCUUGCCGCACAAAACACCACUGCAGUAACGCCAGGUGGACAUCAACAGCCUUAUCAAAGUUGUCUGAGCCCAAGGUCUGCGCUGUUCUACGAGUUCCCGCCUAACGAACAAGGACAAACUACGAGCAAGAAGAAAACAACAUUUUCGCGACUACUUCGAGGACUAAAGACGCACAGGAAGGAGAAACAAGCACAAGCUCAAGGUUCCCCGAGGCAUGGACGCGCAAGAAUAGGAGUACCACAAAGAGUGGACACGCCAGAUAGUGUUCUGCAAAGUGGAUUAGGCUUGGGACCAGAUAUGGGACACACAAUUUUACGUUCUAUGGUGGAUCCAAGGGAUUACGAUCGAUUAAGAUAUUUGCAAAUGAACGGUGGUCAGCCAAAUAGCUUCGAGGAAACCAUACAUAGGCUGAAGGUUCAAGAAGCGCUGAGAAAGAAGGAACGAUUUCAUAAAGAACACGAAGAGAUACUGAGGGAUAUCCGGCAGGGUUUAAUGCAGCUUGGCCGAGACGGACGGGGUCAGCUCCCUGGAGAUGACACUUACAUGUACGACGAGGAUGCACGUUGCGGAGGAGGACUGGGUUUGGGUCCUGGAGGUCAACACUGGUAUGACGAACCUCCAUAUGAGUCAGACCCUGAAGACUUCCUCAUGGGAGCCAGCGGUGGUCCUGUACCAACAGCGACUAUUCAAAAUGGAAGAGUAUGUUUCACGUUGAAUUUAAGGCCAGAAAACAGAGGUGAGGGAAUUAUUUCGCUUCGAACUGCCGGAGACAUUAGUCUCCCGCGAGAUCGUUCCAGGAAAGGUGCAACUUCGACAAUGCGAGGUCUUAUUGUGCCACAAGGUCAUAAUAAUCCACCAGCUAUCAUACCACUUACGCACUCGAGAGCUUCUCGAGAAAGUGGAGACUACGCGAGUAGCGACGUCCAGAGCCGGAGUAGCGGCGAGGAAGGACUAUCGCCGAGCCAAAGCAGCGACUACGAGGAUCAAGAAGAACUCGAGAAUCAACACUCAGCCGCCGUACACACAUCGGAAGCUAGCGCUUUACUUGAGGGCGAUACGAGGGCGGGGAUCGCAGGACGAGCACGAAAUUUGAGGCACGACGUGCAACGAAAGAUUUCAAGGCUGCGUCAGGAUCGCACAUCAUCCGAGGCGUUCCCGUGCAGCGCGAGCAGCGUGGAAAGUCUCCCAAGCGGAAGUGGCUCGAGCACGCAGGCACUUGUGCGUGCAGGAAGCAAUCACAGCUCGAUAUCCUGCGAAGACAGGGAUGCUAUCAGUCCAACGUCUAUCGGGCCUGUACUUUGCAGAGCCAGGGCUCUGGUCGAUUAUACGCCUAGCCCUUAUGACAAGGAAGCACUAAAGUUUAAGAAGGGAGACAUCAUCGACGUGGUACAAAUGAACAAGAGCGGCCUGUGGAAGGGUGUUUUGCACAACAGGAUAGGCCACUUCAAGUUCAUAAACGUCGAGAUACUAAACGACAGGGUUCCAAGGCGCGGCGAACCCGAAGGCCGGGGGAAGUGGGGCCAGAGGUAUAGGCAGAAGCCUGGUUCCGUUCAAGAGCUCUUGCAGAGAAUGAAUCUUCAGGAACACAUUCCUGUAUUUGUAUUUAACGGAUACGAGGAUUUGGAGCUCUUCAGGGAAAUUGAGGCUGCGGAUCUUGAUUACUUGCGCAUACAUCAGCCAGAACAUCGCGCGAAGAUACUCACAGCUGUGCAACUAUUAAAUGACCUUCAAUCCGGAAGCGAAGGCGAUUUAGCUUCGAGCUCGGAGGGCGACGAGGUGAGUCGACUGGUCUUAACCUCUGGCCAGACAUCCGGCCAUUGUUCACCGUUUAAUCGCCGCCAGUUCCCGCGGGACUCCGGUUGUUACGACGCUCACAAGAAUUCUACCAGUCGACGAACCGUAAGCCCGGAAUCGACCACGACUACCAAGCUGCCCAGAGAGAACAAUCUCGACGCUACAGCAUCCACGAAGAACGUCAGCGGUGUCAGCACAGAAGGGAGCGCUGUUUCCGAUAGCAAGGACGACUUUCAUCCUAACAUACCAAUUACUGGCAACGUAACCAGCCAGAAGGAGGGCCAGUUCGACAAAUCGCCGUUGCUCCGUAGCGGCAACGUCCGGUUCAUCGCGAAGAGAGGGAAUUUCGGCGAAACGGUGGUGAUAGAGGAUACUUGCGAGAGCGGGCAGAAACUCGGCGGCAUGGUGAAGUAUGUGGUUGGCAGCGGUGACCUUGGCCUCGAAGGUACCGGCAAUAUCACCGGUUUGGGCCAGAGGGGUUGCCUCAGUGAGAAAUCCAGCGAUUCCGGUGUUAGCUCAUCCAGCAUCAGCUCGGCUCCGCCACCAAGAGAUAAAGUUCUCGCCAAUGUUGCGUCGGACUCACCUACCAAGAAUUUUAGUAAUUUCACCAGGGCAUCGCCGACUUCCCAACCAGCUACCAAUAAGAGUCAAAGCGGUGAGGCUAGUUACCAGUAGAGAGCAAUACGAGUGAAGUUCGAACGAGACUUACAGAAAUUCUCUUUUGCCUUCAUACUUUUCACCCUUACGUGUUUCUAUAAAUUUCCAUUUGCAAAUUUUUGAUGCACUUACGCGCCGUUUCACGCGGAAUUUGGACGAAUUUUAUAGAUCAACGCGACUGUACAAUGGCGACUGGAGAGAGUUCUUCUGCCGCGUCAUAAGUACUCUACACUUAAUAGGGGUUAGGAUAUUCGACGCGAGUUUAGAUAGGUGGACUGAUAGCAAAUAUAUCAUAGAAAACAAUUAUUGAAAGUAUGUGGAGUAAACACAAUGUAUCAGUAGAAUACAAUAGAAAGAUUGGUAUAUUGAUACGUCUUGUUUUAGCUCGUUUGAUAAGUUGUAGCUAUCCUAUAAUAUACCGAAGCUAUUGUAAAAGAUAAUAAUUAUCUAUCUAAAAUCCGGUUUCAAUUAAUCAACCUGCUUGAAAAGAAGCUACCCGAUGCAAACGAUUUCACUUGAAAGGGGAUUUUAAGUCAAACAAAAAUUCACACUGAUUAAAAGAUUUCAAGUUACUACUUAUAUGUCAAACAACUUGAUGUUACAACUUGAAUUUAAGCAACUAGACUAAUCUCAUCGAAGCGUAAAGGAGAAAUCUUUGCAAAAAGGUGAAUUGUUGAAACUUAUUGAAUAUAACUGAUUGAUUAUGAUCUGAAUGAUUGAAUAUGACUGAUUAAUGAUGAGAUUGAUUAUGUAAUAAUAUUUAACAUUUUAAUUGAUUUAUCAAGCGAAGAUUUAUAUCAGAAAGCAUGAAAAUGGUUGUAACUGAACAACGAGCUUAAACGCAAGAUGUAUGAUUCGUAUAUGAAUCUUUUUAUUGUUUUGCGCCUUGAAAUCAGCGAUACAAUGCUUCUCGACGUCCAAUAUAUUCUGCGAAUGAUACAGUGCAGGGUUUCUUUCGUUUUCAUUCGAGCUUCGAGUUGAAAGAAAUAGCACGGUGCUUCGCUAACUUUUAUUGCCUUAUCGAUUCUUUGUCCUCGUUACUUUACAAUCAAAAGUCUGCCGCACUGCUCGCCUUCUUAAACGAGAAUUUCAGCUUUGUUUCGAUAUUAGAUUAGAAUAUUACGUGAUUAUUCUCGUUCUGAAUUUUCAUAACUCUCAUUAUUGACGAAAGAGAUAUAAAAAGACAAAACGAGGCAGAAAGAAAACUUAAGCAUCUUUGACGAGAAAAGCGAGCAAAGUGUUUCGACGUUUGUACUUGUACGUGAAUGGAAAGAAUUUGGCAGUAAUGUUCGACAGGAAACAAAUGAAAUGCUUACCAUGUCACUGCCAGUCAUUUCAUGAUCUCGUCUAUCGUUUUCGACGCUCGUAUAAUUACUAAUAAUAAUAUUGUGAUAAGAUUGCAUUUACGUCUAAAUAAUUUGUAAAUAGGUAAAAAUACGCAAUAGAAAGAUUCGUCUUUGCAAUUUGUAUACAAUACUAAGCUACGAGAACAGAGACUAAAGGAGAUGUUUAAACGAGAAAAGACACGUUGAUCCGUCGAUUCUACUCGACGUUGGGCUUUAGUCAGCUAUUUAAUCUUUUUCUAUAAGAAGUGGCUGAUUAUUAGCCAAAAACUUCUAGAUUAAAGACUGCCAACACAAUUUAAACUUUUCCAUGGGGUAUGGUGUUCAUUCAUUUUUUUCUAUGUUCGAGUCUGACUUACUUUAAUGCCAUAAGAAAUACAUGCGUAAUUUGCAAAUUGAACAUCGAAUGCAAAUAUGAAAGCUAAAUGAUAAUCGUAAUGAUCUGUCGUUAAAUGUUAUAAUCUAGAAACUUUUUUUCUUAUUGCCAAUUAUAUAUAUAUAUAUGUAGCUUUUUUAACUAGAAAAUAUUUGAAAUUUGAGUGUAAUCAAGUUGGGUAAAAUAGUGGAGUAUUGGGUACUUACAAAAUUUAAAUAACAUUUUUGCUUCCUCCAAUUAAAUUUUCUAAUUUUUAUAAUAAUGAUAAUAGUAAUAAUAAUAUUUUGUUGUAAAUUAUAUAGCUUCUUAUUCUUUUUAUCUCAAACAAAUAAUCAAUUUUAUUUAGAGGUACUGACUCGAAUCUUUGGAAAAAGAUAGUCAAUUCACGUGAAAUUGUAUAACGAGUUGUUAAACAAUUCAUUAUCGAAGUUCCUUUUACAAUAUUAUUUUGUCCAAUCUUGUAACACAAUUGACUUCAUGGAUAUUUUCUAUUCUUUCGAUGCUAAUAUUUUAUUUGAAAGAACUACAUUAUUAGUACAUGAUCGACAAUCCCCAUCAUCGAUGCAACUUAGUUCUUCGACAAGAUGGUAAAUCUGUACAUGUGUAUAUUGACUAUACCUGCAAAAGAGAGAAAAAAAGACGUUCAAAGUUAUAAAGUUUUUGUAUGUACAUAUACAGCACGCAUAGAAACCUAACGAUGUUUUAUAUUGAUCCAAUCCUUUGCCAAAACUUUAGACUAUACAAAUCUCUAUACAUAAAUAUACAUAUGUUACAUAUAUCAUACCGUUGGUUCUUAUGUAUAUCUUUUGUAUAGUGUAAAAUGAUAGACGAAUUUAAAAAAAAGUAUAAAGCGACGCAGUACGAGAUCAGGAAUGAAAACCGAUGGGAACUCGUAAAUAAAAAGAUAACAACAAGAAAUUAUCAAAAUGGCACGAUUAUCAAAAUACGGUCUAAGAACUCUAUUAUACUGUAAAUAGAAUAUAUAAAAAUAUAUAUUCGUUUCGAAAGGAUAAAACACACAAAAGCGAUUCGAUGACUAUCCAAAAUAGCGGACUGAUGAGCAAAUGUUAGGAAAUCUUUAUAUAGGCUUUUAAGAUGCAUGUUUACCUUCUUCAUUAUUAUCGAUUUACAAGGUAGUUGUUAGAAGGUUUAUCCUUUUUUGUAACAAGUCUGUUACGCUUUUUCGUACGACCAUUGACGAAUAGAGCAUUGAUUCUACGUAGAAACGAAACUUUCUAGGAAUACGUGAAACUCUAAACCGUGAUUUGACUCGGGGAGAUCCCGAAGAAUAAAUAAGUUGAGACUCGCUGCUUCCAUGAUAAUAGCGAUUGUUUAAAUACGUACUUUAUUAAUAUACCGCAUUAAGUGAUUUGUAUUGCAAGGUUCGAUCGUGUCCAAGCGAUAAGACGAAAGUUGAUUUACGUUGAUCUUGAACAUGACAUCAAGUGAGGUUGAUAUUUCCAACGGAGACGCUAUACGAAGAAAGAGAGAACAAUUUUACGAAUUUUUCGCAGAACGAAUUAUGAAGCCAAAUUCCUCGUUACUUCUUGUACACAAAUUACGGUAAUGGUAUAGUUUGUCCGUUCCAUCGAGAAUAAUAUUACGUGUAGAGGACGAAUCAAAAAAAAAAAAAGAAAAAAUAUAUAAAAAAAUAAAAAACGUAAGAACGAAACAGUAAAGCAGGAUGAAUAGUGGCGACGAGCGAGACUAAAUGGAAAGAAAGAGAGUAAGGAAGGAAGAGAGAAUGGGAGAGUGCAUGGAAAAAGUGUUAAAAUUAGUAACGUUUUGAGAGUAUGAUUAGAUGCAAUACAAAUAAUUUUAUUAGUUCGAGAAAAAGUGCGCAACAUUUGAUGUAAAAAAAGUCAGAUUCGUUAUAAAAAUAGAUGCAGUGAAUUAUAAUCGAAAUAAGUAAUUUGAAGAGAUAAAUACGUGAGGGUAAAGGUGUCUUAGUAAAAGCAUUAAGUGUGUUUGCGAUUCGGAUUUCAUGCGAAUGUGAAGUGAAACGAACGGACGGUAUCCAUCUUGAUCUAAACGAUCGAUUAAUCGAGAAAAAUGUGUGGUCACCGUGAGGAAAUUUGACGAAAGCACGGUGGUUUAAGAGAGUCGCUAAAUCGCUAGUGAAAAUGAAAAUAAAAAUUAUUAAGCAUCUACUUAGCGGUCUAGUCCAUUUUUUCUUGCAAAGUUUACAAUUUGAUGCGAUAUAUGUAUAAUGUACAUAAAGUAAGGAAAUAAAUGAGAAAAAGAAAACAGAAUUAGAAAAUGGCAAUCGCGUCAGCGUGAGUUGCUGAAACCUUUUUAUAAGCUGAUUUUAUAUUUAUUGAUUAAUUGCGGGUUUUAUAGAGGUAACGAAUUCGUAAUUCUUAUCGUCUCUCAGUUCUUGUAUGGUUUCCAACAAGUGUUAAUUUAUUGACUGUGAAUAGAAAUAAAAUGACGGAAGAU